UCUAUCGGUUUCCGGUUUAUCCGGAAGUGUCCCUUAUUGUCUUUUUCUCAACAUGGCGGUGAAUCUGACUGAGUUAUCUCUGUCUCAGCUGGAGGGAUUGAAGACUCAGCUCGAACAGGAAACAGAGUUCCUGUCCUCAUCCAUAGCCCAGUUGAAAGUGGUCCAAACAAAGUAUGUAGAAGCUAAGGACAGUCUGAAUGUUCUCAAAAAGAGUAAUGAAGGAAAAGAAUUACUUGUUCCUCUUACCAGCUCUAUGUAUGUUCCAGGAACCCUGAAUGAUGUAGAACAUGUAUUGGUAGAUGUGGGAACUGGUUACUUUGUAGAGAAAAAUGUGGAGGACAGUAAAGAAUUCUUUAAGCGUAAAAUUGACUUCCUAACAAAACAGAUUGAGAAGGUUCAGCCUGCUCUUCAGGAAAAACAUGCAAUGAAGCAAGCUGUGGUUGAAGUCAUGAACAUGAAGCUACAGCAGCUGCACAGUCAACAGUCGUCACAGUCCGGAACCACCAAGGCCUAAAAACACUCACACAAACGCACAUACAAACUAGCCUGUAUUCAUGUUCAUGUUCAAUAACAUAUUCAUGUCACAUUGACUUUUCAAAUUGGAUUUCACAGUCAUUUAAAUGGCAAAUAAACUCUGCUUACUGACGCUAUAAUAAAUUAAUACAUUUUUUUUCCUGUGCAUGCUGCCUUAUGCUGACUUUAGAAUUGAGAUACAUUUCCUGAUAUUAGCCUCAGGUGCUGGAGGAACUAUUUAUUACACAUUUGAGGCCUACUUUGGAAUGCCCAGGUCCAGAAGCCGCAUUAAAAGGAAUAAAUUGGUUAUGAACACAAA